UUUGGAACAAAGUGCAAUGGCUGUUUGCAAUCCAUUCCCUCUAGUGAACUAGUGAUGCGGGCACUUAGCAACGUGUAUCACCUAAGAUGCUUCACGUGUGUCAUCUGUAGGCAACAACUCAAGAAAGGAGAUGAGUUUGUACUGAAAGAGAAUCGUCUCUACUGCAAGGAAGACUACACAAAAGAACAGAGCACUAUUGAGCAAAAAGUUUCACGUAAAGAAAGUUCUGAUGGUAGAAAGGGACCCAAGAGACCAAGAACGAUUCUCACAACACAACAGAGAAGAGCUUUCAAGGCAUCCUUUGAAGUCUCAUCCAAACCUUGCAGAAAAGUACGUGAGUCCCUUGCAGCUGAAACAGGACUCAGUGUCCGUGUUGUACAAGUAUGGUUCCAGAACCAAAGAGCUAAGAUGAAGAAAUUAGCCCGGAAGAAUAUGACGGAGCAGGAAGCGGCAGCUCAGAGAAGGAGUGGCCAGAGUCGGAGACGCAACAAGGACAAGAAUGAUGACGAUUCAGACAGUGAUGACAGCACAUGUGUCAAGAUGGAUGACGACGAUGAUGAUUUCUCAUUCGAUGACCUCAGCAACCAUGAAUUUGACAUGGGUCAGGGCAUGACCCCACACAUGACCCCACCAAUGAUCGACCCUCCCCCGUACCCAGAGUCCUCCAUGUCACUCACCAUCCCACCACCCCAGGGGAUGACCUCCACCUCACCGAUGUACCACCACGAGCACAUGUUCAUGGCUGACGGACCCCCACCCACAGACAGCGGUAUCGACGAUGACUUAAUAUCGACGAGUCAGGGUACCUCUCUGCACAGUAGCGGUAGCGAGUGCGAGGGAAAUGGUAUGGUGCACCACAGGCUCGGCAUCAGUAAUCCUAUCGACAAACUGUAUUCAAUGCAGGAUUCCUACUUCAAUGCAAUUGAAUGAACUCUGAGUGCCUCAACUCAAACCAAUAACAAUCCUCUUGUAAUAUAGGUAUACAGUAUAUUUGCAUGGACUACUUAUUUAUUUAUUUAUUUGUUGUGGACAGUUUUCCUCCUCAACCCAUUCCACAAGCUGUUCUCAAGGAUUCAAAGUUGGAGUAACACUUCCCCCGAUUUACAACAUAAAGAAUGCGUCCAACUCAUCUCUAUAAAAAAAAAACUGUAAAUAUUACAACAGAACCUGCCAUUUCAAAAGACAGCAGAAAACCAAGCCACUGGUAACACUCAACAUCAACCAAAGGUAGAUAUACACAGUAUCACUACAUACUAGCCUGACCAUCUGACGUCACACUUCGAGGAUCGUAAAUUACGCCAGAGAUCUGCCGUCGAGUGACGUCCAUAAUCACCUUUGACCUCGCAUGGCCAUUAUGGUUCUGGAAUUUCGCAGCUAAAUCCGCCGUACAUGUGUAGGCAUAUACAUAAAAAAACAUCCGUCAUUAACAUUGCGGAUUAGGACAAGGGACCAGUCUAAAUUUCGACAAGCUUCAUACAAAGACAAGUUGAACAUAAUCGGGCACAAGAGGGAGGUAGAGAGAGACAGUGCGCACAAUCACAGCGUCAUCCUUUAAAGUUUGUAUUAAUGUUUAAAAACAAGGCAGCCCCAACGGGCUAGAUAUUGUACUAAUUUUUAAAAUCACUCUGUCAUAUUUUUCUUUCUCAGUCUCUGUGAAUGUGUAGGCCUAUGCAAAUAGAAUGAUUCUUUAUUAUAAAUCUUUCAAACCAUAGGGAUUUAAUGUCUUAGUAGAAUAUUCCACAAUUUGCUGUGCAAAAGACGAUCUUUUUUUUGGCGCACAUAUACAUAAAAAAACGUUUGAUCAAGCAAGUUUGUUUUUGUUAAGUUUUUUUUUUUUUUUAGAUCGUCUUGAAAGCUUCAAAAAUCUCUUCAGAUAUGUUGUAGUGUAUAUUUUUUGAACUUUUCAAAAGUUUAACAGCACACUUUAAGAGUACCAAUAUUUAUGGAAAACAAUUUCUUUUCCAAACAAGCAGACAAGUUGGGAAGUUAAUUUAUUGAAAACAAAUUCAAAGUUAGGCCUACAUAUUACCGAUAUUAAUAAUAGUGUUCUGUUUAUACCAAUAAUGGAGCUUUUACCUUUGUGAAUUAUUCUUCCCUUUUUGGCUUAAACAUGGAGGAAUAAAUUAAGUUCAGAUAUACACUGCCAGUCUGUUCUUAUGUUAAAUUUGACUUUCUUAAUUUUAACAAUUUGCUUAAACCCUGCGCCCAUUGUUCGGUCAGACAAAAAUGUUUUGCUUUCUUGAUUAAUUAACAUAAUUAUUUAUCUUAAAGAUUUUUUAAAAAGAGAAAAAGUAUUCCACAAGGACCUAUUUAUUGUUUAAAAAAGGCUGAUGAGCCAUUUAUACAAAGUUUAUUAUUAAUGUAUAUAUAUUAGAUGUUUUUUCUGUGCUCUCUGUUAUUGUACUUUCACUAAUUUAUUCAUUACCUAAUCUGCUUCAUGAAUAUUCAACACGUGAGCAUUGAACAACUUUUACGUAGGAUUGACAUAGAUCUGUAUAUUUACUUGUGUGUAUUUUCCCUGCCAGUUUACAGGCAGAUUAUGCUUUUGGUAAUUAAUUAACAAGCCAACAGGUGUUAAUUAAAAUUCCUAACACUCCUACCAGAACAAUGA